AUGCCUUCGGGAAUAGGAAAAUUGACUUUGCUCCAAAAGCUACCUCUUUUCAGUACUAACUAUGAAGAUAGUAACCGAGCCAAACUAAGUGAACUAAAGCAACUCAAUAACCUGAGAGGAGAGUUACACAUUAUAAUACGCGGAAUUAUGGGAAAUCCAAGCUUUGAAGCAAACGAGGCAAAUUUGAUCAGCAAGCAAGGUCUAGAUAAACUGGAAAUUAAUUUUGAUUUUGGCGAUGACAGAGAAGAUUAUGAGGUUCUGAUGGAAGGCCUCAAACCACAUUCCAACUUAAGAAAGUGGGUGAUAAGGCGUUAUCUUGGUCAAAAUUUUCCAAGUUGGGCAACCAUGGAUAAUUUGAGCAUUAGCCUUCCAAAUCUGGUAUAUAUUUAUCUUGGACAUGGUGAAUCCUCAGAAUUUCCCGUCUUAAGUCAAUUACGUUUCUUGAAGUAUCUUUAUGUUGUUAAUUACACCAAUGUUGAAUACAUGGAGAAUAACAAUAUGAGUAACCAAUUCUCCUCGUCACCAUCAAUUCUAACAUACACAGAAACCAUUUUCUUCCCAUCUCUUCAGGAACUUCAUUUGUCAUAUAUGAAUUCUCUAAAGGGAUGGUAUAAAGAAGAUGUAGAAGCCGUGGUUAGAAAUGAUGAUGCAAAAGAAGCUUCGUAUCUUCAACAGGGGAAUGAAAUGUCAAUGCUCUCAUUUUCUAAAUUAUCAAAAUUGAGUAUAGAUGGUUGUCUGAAGUUGAAAACACUUCCACUUUGUCCUAAUGUGGAGGAAUUAAAUUUAACUAUGUUUGAUGAGAGUCUCUUAGUAAUAAUAUUGAAGAUAGCAACAAGAUCAAACUCAUCGUCUCAAACUACAUCAAGGCUUAAAAAAUUAUUGCUCUCAAAUGCAGAAAAACUUAUGUCCCUGCCUAUGCAUUGUCUCCAUCAGCUUUCUUCACUUACCAUUGAAUAUGAUCAUCAUCUGAAGAGCACAGACACAUUAGUCGAAGUCUUUGCACGACUAUCUUCAUCCCUCCGAUAUUUGAAAUUCAGUUGGUGUACUAAAUUGAGAAGCAUCUCUAAGGGCCUGGGACAUCUUACUGCCUUAGAAACGUUGAACUUAGAGUAUUGUCGAGAACUUGACCUUUCACCAAACCAACAAGAAGCAAAUGAAGAAGAUGAAGAUGACAUGCCAUGGAAAGCCUUCAAAACUAAUCUACGUUCCUUGAAGUUAUUUAGUCUUCCUAAAUUAGUGGACUUUCCAAGUGGUUUUCGGCAUUUGACAAACCUUCGUUCUUUAGAAAUAGCAUUCAAUUAUAAUUUGAGGGAACUACCAGAAUGGAUAAGCUGUGUAUCUUCGCUGAUAAAUAUGAAGUUGUAUAGAUGUACUGAAUUAACUUGUUUGCCAGAUGGAUUCCGCAACCUCACAAACCUAAACAGACUAAUAAUUGGCAAAUGCAGUCCAAUUUUAAUGGAAAGAUGUAAAGGUCCAAAUGGUAGCGACUGGCUCAAGAUUCAACAUAUCCCUUUUCUUAUUAUUGAUGAUGAAGAUGGGGUUCGUCCAAGAAUAUUGCUUUCCUUCAAAUCUUGUGAUUCUCUCUCGAUCUCUUCUUCUGAUCGAGGUUCUGCAUUGAACAAUUCAACAUUUCUGGUAUGCUUGUAUGAAGUAUAUGAGUCAGUCCAGCAGAUUUGUCUAUUCAUGCAUGCUCCUCGGGUUGAACACAUGGCAGCCUUACAUCGUAUUCUACGGUAUAUACAAGGUACACUUGAUUUCGGUCUACACUUGUAUAAGUCUUCUAUUUCCUCGUUGUUGUCGUACACAAAUGCAUACUGGGUCGGUUGCCCUAACAUUCAUCUCUCUACCUCGGAUUUUCGUGUUUUUCUUAGUAGCAAUCUUAUUUCUUGGUCCUCCAAACGUCAAACCACAUUGUCGAAAUUCAGUGCUGAAGCUGAAUAUCAUGGUGUUGCUAAUGUUGUAUUUGAGACUUGA